AUGGCUAGCCCGUUCAAUCCUUCAGCCGGCCGCGGCCAUAGGGGAGGCGCGCCAGGCGUGCAAAGCUCAACGGGGCGGGGAAGAGGUGGACCCACGUCAACAUAUGUGCCGAGAGGGGCAGGUGCGCCUCGCGCAACAAGGGCUCGAGGGCGUGGACGAGGGUCGAUGACAUGGACGGCUCGUGGCCGUGGCCGCGGCGCAGGCGCUGCAACCCACACCGUGAAUGGAUCCCAACAACCUGCAGAGGGCCCCAACCCUGGUGUUGUCAACUCGCCCUUUGGGCAACCGAAUCAACAGAAAUCUGUUGCGUCGCCGUUUGGCGCUCAGCCUGCUCAACAGUCUCCGUUUUCCAAAGUCUCAAACAAUGCUUCGGCUUCGAACGUCGCCAAAAACCCAUUCGCCCAACCUACCAACGUCACGAAACAACAAUCCUCGGCGAAAUUUGUUGGCGGGGGAUCUAAUGUUGCGGCAUCCAUGGAGCAUGCAUCGACGUUGAGCAAUUACCAGGAUCGCUUUGACAAACUAAAAAUCGAUCAAGUGAGACAGCGUGAACGGGCGAUCAAGGAUGGGCAAAUGGCAGACCCGAACCAGCCGACUUCUUUGAAGCAGGCUAUCACACCAGUGGGUACCUGCACCGGCAUGUGUCCCGAUUUCGAGAGGGUGGAGCGGAUCGUGCAGAAAGCAGUCGACAAGUGUGAAAAGUAUUAUAAUCCGGCAACGAAUCAGCUGGAAAUCAUGGAAACCAAGAUGGUGAAGCGCUUCCGGCGUGCGGCAGCUGGAAAUGACGAGCAAUUGCCCUCGGAUAUCCGGACGCCAAAGACACUUUUACAAACCAUGAACUAUCUCAUCCGUUAUGUUAUCAACGGUGGUGAACCGUUGGCUGUCAUCCACAUGUUUGUCUGGAACCGAACACGAUCAAUCCGGAACGACUUCUCGGUGCAGCAACUUACCCAAGAAGAAGACGUAAAGACAGCGGUCAUCUGUCUAGAAAGAAUUGCGCGUUUCCAUAUUGUGUCCCUGCAUCUUCUUUCCAACCCGGCGAACACGGAGCAAUUCGACCGUCACCAGGAGCGUGAGCAACUCAACAACACCAUGCUCUCUCUCAUGUACUACUAUGAUGACAAUCGUGAGCGCAUUCACUUCCCCAACGAGGACGAGUUCCGCGCCUACCACAUCCUGUUCUCGAUCCACGACCAGCGGCCUGACCUGGAAGCACGUGUCCAGAAAUGGCCACCUGCCCUACUCGCUUCCCCUCGAGUUCAGGUCGCAUUGGAACUCUUUGCUGCUGCCUGUAAUACAUGGGAGCCUCAGGGUGCGCUGGAUUCUCGCCGGCCGAACGCAGUUGCUCAGGGAUUCUACACUCGCUUCUUCAACAUUAUCAAUUCCCCGAGUGUGUCGUAUCUGAUGGCCUGUGUGGCUGAGGUGUACUUCAACCAUAUUCGUCAGACAGCAAUCCGUGCAAUCUGGAAAGCCUAUUGCCGAACUCCGCUGUCACAGCAAUCCAAGAACGACCAUUGGACUGUGGAGGAAUUAACCAAGGUGUUGCACUUUGAUGACGACGAGCAGACAAUUGAAUAUUGCAAUGCACAGGGCUUACAGUUUGUGGAGAAUGCGAGUGGUGGACUUUAUCUCAAUUGGGGUGAUCGACCAGUAGACUCUGUCGACUUUGUACCCUCAUCUGACCACUCUUUCUCUGAGACCUACGUGGAGUCGAAGCGCGCAGGACGUAGUCUUGUUGCCAUCAUUCUCGGCAUGAACAUCAGAGAAGCCGCAAGAAUGGGCAUGAUAGAUCGCUCCCAGUUGCCCGAAAAGAGUGAAACCCUGCCUGAGGCUGAUGCAGAAGAUGGGGAUCUCUUCGUGAGUGAUAUUGAUAAUCAGACACCCGCACCUGUGGUUGAAACACCCAACGCCCUUCUUCAGGACACAACUGCUUCUGAAUUCCGGAUCGCUUCAGAGUCCCAAAAAUCUUUACAAUCUACUCCUGCAAGUUCGCCUUCCCUCUUCCAGUCAAAUAUACCACCCGCCACUUCAAAGCCGCCAAAUCCUUUCGCGGCGCCCUUCCAGCCAUCUAAAAUAGCAUCUCCUCCCUCAAAUCCAUUCGGAACUUCGAUCCCCUCGACCACUGUUACGCCCGCAGUGCCGUCCCCUUUCACUUCUUCGCCAAAUCCAUUCUCGUUUCCAAAGGAACCCGAAAAGACCGACGCCUCUGCCCUAACCACUACGCCCUCGCUCUUCCAGGCAAAAUUCCCUCCUUCUCAGCCUGACGCCGCCGGCAAGCCAGCUAUCUCAUCUUUUAGCCCCGCCGGGCCCUCAUCGUCCGCUUUCGCAUCUACUUCUUCUGCUUCGUCCAUAUUCUCAAAGCCAACGUACGCAAAACUCGAGACGGAGACACCUGCAGGAACUUCUCCCGCGCCUGCGUCCCUAAAGCCUGGUCUCUUCUCUCCUGCAUCGUCAACUGCAGACAACCCCGCUUCCGUUUUCCAGAAUGGCUCCAAUUCUGUGCUAUCCUCUGGUUCGAGUCCUUUCACAGCGCCAUCUCCGUUCUCCUUCUCCAAGCCAUCAGAACAGACCCAGAAGACAGAGACUCCUGCUCAGUCUACGCUGUUCAAGCCCAGCACUUCGCCUCAUGCGGCAUCGGCUGUGGACAACCCCACCUCUGUUUUCUCUUCUGGCGCUGGUGCUUUCACUGCGCCGUCCCCAUUCUCCUUCUCUAAGCCAUCGGAGCCAACUCAGAAAACAGAAACGCCAGCGCCAGUUCCUACCGCGCCAUCUACGCUGUUCAAGCCCAGCCCCUCGCCUCCUGCAUCGUUGACUGAAUCCAAGAACCCAUUUGCGCCUUCGGUAUUCUCUGGUGCCAACCCCUUUGGUCCCACUAAUACCUCUGCUCAGUCUACAGUGUCCAAGAGUGAUUCCAAAGCCCAGCAAACAACGGUUGCAUCGAACAAUCCAUUUGCGCUUCCGAACGCUCCGUCAUCUUUCCCAGCUGUGGGUCUGGGAAACACUGUUACCCCUGCUGCUCCAUCUCCAUUCCACGCACUCAAAGCCCCAGAGACAGCUGUCAAAGCCAAGGAACCUGCGUCGGGCUUCGGGCAGCCCUUCUCGCCGUUCUCUGUGAACAAUGCUAGCACUAUCUCAGGGUCUUCGAACGCGGCUGCAAGCCAAUUUCCAGUCCCCAGCUCAGUCUUUGCAGCUCCCAAGGCACCGCAGCCAAGCCAGAAAGCGGACAUCCCAGCCGCUACUGCCCCCAUGCCCGAGAAUCCACCGUUGGGUUUGUCCCCGUCUUUGGGUAGUCUACAGUCGCCCAAGCCGAGUGAAACAUCAGUGUUCAGUCAGUCCGCACCUGCACAGGCCCAAAUACCUGGCCCGCCUCCCACAAACGGCUCCGCUUCUAUUUCGGGCACGCGUCGAUCUGUCUCGCACACUCAAGCGACCGCCUCUUCGCCUCCCCGGACUCUCUUUGAAGCACUUCGGCAGCCUAAAAUAUUUGACACCACAUCAAAUGCAUACUCACCUGAAACGGCAACUAAUCAGCCCCGAGCACCCUUGUUCCAAAUCCCAGAACCCUCAGUGGCUCCAGGACAGCAAGGGGCAUUGAAACGACAGCAUGAGGCCACCGGUGCAGAUGUAUCCCACCAGCACAAGAGGCGCUCUUCGCUGAAAGGAAAAGCUCCCGCUGCAGCGGCUGAUGGAUCAUUCAAACGGUCCGUUCACUUUGAAGAGGAAGAGCCUCUGCCACAGGAGUCACAAGUGUCUCCAGUGCACAAGAAGUCUAAAGGCCUUAAGAAGAAACGAGCAAUGGAUGAGCAGACUGAGCCCCAGCCGGAGGAACAUGGUCCGAGUACCAAGGUGCCCAAGGUUUCCACAGAGGACGAAUAUGUCCCUUUCAACUUCUCCGUCUAUAAAGCAGAAAACCGUCCUAUGCCGAAGCUCCCGAUCUUGGAAAAGCUGGAAGAAAAGCUUGCACGCGCUAAGGCCUUGUGCGAGCCAAAGCGCCUUACCGAAGAACAACUCCAGUACAUCGAGGAAGCUCGACUGAAACGGGCUCGCCAAGUCGACGAGGACGAGAUUGCCCUCUCUCGGGCCCGGAUCUUGGCUGAGAAGCUGAGAACUGGCCCUGGAAUCUUCGACGGUUGGACUGGAAAUAUCCGAGAGCCAUGGCACGACCCAAACUGGAAUCCCGUCGCCCGGAUCGCGGAAAAGUAUCGCACCCGAAAAAUCCCCCAACCAACUUCCUAUGUACCCCCGCGUCUGACACUCAAUCGCACUGCCAGAGGAUACGAGGUCGCUUACGCUCCUGAUACCCCGGACCGACCUAUGUCCCGCACUGAGGAGCGAAUUAGACGCACUGGUGCCCGUGGACUUGCACAUGUGCCCCUGGAUUUCGAACGUCAUAGGCGAGAGAAAGAGGAGAUGGCUAAGAGCAAGAACGGAGUGAAGGAGAAUAACGGCAAAGACAAGAAGGACGAGGAAGAGAAAGACGUGUCUUCCAAGAGCGUUUGA